UUACGAGCUCCCUGCAAACAAGUCGCUGUACCUAACUGCAACAGGAAAGAGCUGAGUCAAACGUUGGAUUAUCUUUACAUUACAUAAAAGUUUUUAAAUUUGAGACUGUUGCCUAGAUCCUGUGAAGAUGCAGUGAGGACAAAGAAAAGAUGGAAGUGGAGGACACUGGUGAAGCGAGGACUUCCUGGUAUGUGGCACCAGCAGAGACGCACUCCAUCCUCUGUGACCAUGCUGGGAAGAAGAGAAAACAAGACCCGGCUCCUGCUCCUGUGAUCAGGAUCACAGAGGAUGAAGAGGAGGAGGAGGAUGGUGAAACGAUUUCAGACCACAUGAAGGAUUCAGAGGUGCAGGAGCCCAGUAAUAAAAGGGUCAAACCUGUGGUGAAGUCCAACAGUCUAACAGGUGUCAUAACACCGUCCAAGACCCCUGCGCUGAAACGGAUCGGACAGUCCAUCUCGCGGUCCAUCAGUUUCCGUACAGAGGCUCGACCUUUGCCCCCGGCUCCCAUGCGCCCUCGCACAAAGGCUUCGUCAUUUCCACGCCGCCGCAACAGCCAGUGCUGGAGUGACACCGUGGAGAGUCAUGACCUCACCGCCAAGGAGAUCAAACGCCAGGAGGUGAUCUAUGAGCUGACUCAGGGAGAGAGACAACUUAUUGAGGACCUCAGUCUGGUAAAGAAGGUGUACUAUGAGCCCAUGUUGAAGCUGGACAUCAUGACAGAGAGCGAGCUCGGACAGAUCUUUGGUACUCUGGACUCUCUCAUUCCUCUCCAUGAAGAUUUUCUGAGUCGUCUCGAGCGGCUGAGGGGAUCAGAGAAAACCGUCGGACAAGUGGGACCUACUCUGUUGAACUGGUUUCCUUGCCUGGAGGCCUAUGUUACAUACUGCUGUAACCAAGUGGGGGCCAAAGCCCUGUUGGACCAGAAGAAGCACGAGAAGAGAGUGGAGCACUUCCUGCGCUUGUGCCAGGAGUCUUCGUUCAGCAGGAAGCUGGACCUGUGGAACUUCCUGGAUCUCCCUCGAAGCCGUCUGGUCAAAUACCCACUGCUGCUGAAAGAGAUACAGAAGUGCACACCUCCAGACCACCCUGAUGAGGACACACUGCCUGAUGCUAUGGAUCUUAUCCACGGUAUCGUGGCCGAGGUGGACAAGAAGACAGGCGAGGCUGAGUGUCAGUUCUACAGACGAGGUCUCAGCUACCUUGAUGAGAGCCAGAGACUCCCAGAGAUCCAGCAGUCCCGCUUCCUCUACUGCCACGGAGAGCUCAAGAACAACAAGGGCCAGCGGCUGCAUGUAUUCCUGUUUGAACUGGCUCUGGUGCUGAGCAGACCGGCGGAGGACAAAGAUGGAGGUCAGGUGUUCAAUGUGUACAGACAGCCUCUGACCAAUGCUUUGUUAAAUCUGGAAGAGAUCCCAGACGGGGAGGCUGCUGGAGCAGGAACCUUCAGAGGAGCCUUUACUGGGGGGAACGAUAAAGUGAAGAACUGUUUCCGUGUGAGCAGCAGAGGGCGCUCCAAGGUCAACCCCUACAGCCUGCAGGCCAACGACUCCUUCAGCAGGCAGCAGUGGAUCACGUGCCUGCGCCAGGCCAUCAUCCAGUCCCGGGACAGGACCUCCCAGCACAGACAGUCGCAGCUCUCCCCUCACGCCGACCUCGCCCUGUAUCACAUAGCUGAGCUCAGCCUCAACUCGGGCUCAGACAUGAUAGACCACACCAGUCGCUGACUGUCAGACUGAUCAGCAGGAUGCCUGUGGGCGUCUCUGUCCAUGUGUACAUUGAAAUGAGAGGAAAUAAAAGGGACUGCCUGCGAAAGAUGAAUGUGCUUAGACACACGCAUAGAAUUUCCAAGUUGGAUUUAUUUUAACUGGUGUUUUAUCUGAUGGAUUGUGGUGAUGCGUUAUGUACAGCUUUUGAACAGUAAAUGUGAAUGUAAAAUGUUUUAAAUUUUUUUUUAAUAA